AUGGCCGUACUAGACCUUACAUCUGCACCGAUGCCCGCAAACAACUCUGUUGUGGUUGGCAUGGAUGCUGUAACCAAGGAUGAUACCCCCUCCAGCAGCGCUCCCUGCCAGGGUCUCCGACGAAACCACAGCAACUUGACAUUGGUUUCACUUGCCUCAGACAUUUCCGACACCUCGGACUCUUCUCAAUCCACAAGCUCUAGCAGUAGUAGCGAAGCACCAAAGCGUCGCCGACGCACACGCAACAAACGAAAAAAGCAAAAGAAGGAGCCCGAGGAUUUGGUCGCGAAAGCACUUGCCCUCACGGAAAUUUCUGAAGAAGAAAAAGCAAAAUAUGUUGCUCUUGACUGUGAAAUGGUGGGAGCUGGAUACAAGGGCAAGCAUUCCGUCCUGGCCCGUGUUACCAUGGUGGACUGGAACCACAAUGUAGUCCUGGAUGAAUUUGUCACACCCCAUUGCCCAGUCACCGACUACCGCACCUUUGUCUCAGGGAUUACUGAAGAGCUACUCGCUGAAGCCAACACUAUUGACAUUCAUACCUGCCGUCAAAAAGUGUUCAAUGUUUUGGAAGGCAAGGUUUUGGUUGGCCACGGAUUGAAGUCAGAUAUGCGAGCUCUAGGCAUUCAGCUUCCUUGGUAUGCUGUUCGAGACACUGCCAAAUACGAGCCAUUUAUGAAAGCUCGAUUUGAUGAUGGUGUUCUCUGGCCUCAGAGUCUCAAGACACUGGCUAAGAAUAGACUUCGCCGUGAUAUUCAAGUCCCUGGUGAAGCUCACUGUCCUGUCGAAGAUGCUGCCACCGCAAUGGAUCUCUACAAGAUUGCCUGCAGAAAGUGGGAACCUGCCAUGGAGUACAAGCUGAGCAAGACUCGUGAAAUGGAACAAGGCAAGCAAUAA